AUGUUCACUCGCUUCUCCUCUGCUCCCCUCUAUGUCCUGCUUGCCUUGACGGCCUUUGUUACUACAAGCUAUGCUGCCGCAGCCACCAUUCCGGUAACCCAUCAUUUGCCCCGUGGCGAUGCAACUACUACUGUCACAGCGGUUGCCGAGGCUGUAACUUCCUAG